AAGCCAACAGGUUGAUCUGGAUUACAUCAACGGUUACACCCUCCUCCGUUUAAUGAACAUAGGAGAACAGGUGCUUGUAAUUCAUUAGCCAACCCACAAGCAGAGGAGACAGGAAUUAAGCCGACCAAACUCCUCAGCGUGCCACUACUCUCCUUCCCUUUGAGGCAGCAGCAGCAGCAGCGAGAAAACUUCAUCUCUUUUUUUUUUUUUCUCCCCCUUUCCCUCCCCUCGAGCUGCAGAGCCACAAGCUGAGCAUGACUAACCCCUGCAAAGCCUUCACCAGUGGCUCCCUCUCCUCCUGGGAGGUGUCAGGGAAGAUGAGCAGAGGAAAAGCAGCCGGCCCGUCCCCGGAUCGCCUGGGCCGCUGCAGUCCCAGCGGGUUUGCCAGCAACGGCUACAGCUCUCUCAGCCUCCAUGGAGAUGCUGGUUAUGGAUGCUCCCCCUACCCCUCCUUCUCCAUCAACGAGAGACUCCUGGCCCCCGUGCACCUCGAUAUCGACUCGGACUUCCAAGCCAUGCGGCAGCAGGAGAAAGAGGACAUCAAGUUGCUCAACAACCAGUUCGUGACCCUAAUUGAGAAGGUCCAGUGCCUGGAGCAGCAGAACAAGAUCCUGACAACAAGGUGGAACUUCCUGAAGGAUCAAGACAACUCCCACUCAGAGUCUGACAUCAAGGCCAUCUACGACCAGUACAUGAGCAAAAUGAAUCAAGAGAUGAAGGCACUCAACUACGAGCAGGAAAAUCUUGAGGCAGAGCUAACAAGGGUCCUGAACACCAUGGAUAACUUCCGAAGCAAAUACGAGGAUGAAAUUCGCCUCUGUAGCGGCAUGGAAUACACCUUCACGGAGCUCAAAAAGGAUUUAGAUGUGAGCUCCUUGCACAGAACUGAGCUGGAGGCAAAACUCAAUGGGCUCCAAGAGCUGAUGGAAUUGAAAAAAACCGUCUAUGAGCAGGAACUCGAGGAGCUGCUGACAGAAAUUAAGGACAUUUCUGUUGUACUGGGAAUUGACAAUGCAUGCAAACUUGAUCUGAGCAGAAUUGUGGAAGAAGUGAGGGCCCAGUAUGAAGCCCUGGCUCUUCGGAGCUGGGAGGAGGCUGAAGCACUUACCAGGAGAAAGCUGAAUGAAGGAAGCACCCAGUCAGGCACCUACAGCAGUCACCUCCUUGACAGCCGACGGGAGAUCGCAGACCUGAACAUACAGAUCCAGAAACUGAGGUCCUGCAUUGUGUCCCAAAAGAGCCAGUGCCUGUACUUAGAGGAGCAUAUCAAAGAAGCAGGAGAGCACGGUGAGAUGGCCCUCAAGGAUGCCAAAGCCAAACUGGUCAAGCUAGAAGAAGCCCUACAGAAGAGCAAGGAGGAUAUGGCUCACCUGGUGAAAGAGUAUCAGGAGCUGAUGAACAUCAAGCUGGCACUUGAUGUGGAGAUUCUCACUUACAGGAAGCUGAUGGAAGGGGAGGAGAGCAGCAUGGAGCAACCAAUACCCACAGUCAUCAGCACCAUCCGCUCCAGACCAAAGCACCUUUCUGCCAGCACCUUGAGAAACUCCAAGCUGUUUGCCAGAGGAACACACAGCACCAACGGUGAGACGAAGCCAGACGGAGCCAGCACAAAGAUACUGCCCUCUAGAAGCCACAGUGCCACCACAGUGCCACCUGAAGCAGAUGCCUUCAUCAGCAGCGCCCGGCCAAAGCUCAGUUCCUUGCCCACUGAAGAAUGCUCCUAGGAGAAACGGAGCCUCACAGCAUGAACGCCAGGCCUGUUGGCAUCUGUAGCCAAAUGAGGCCAAAGCACUUUCUCCUGAACUCAAGCCAACGUCUGGAGUGGACUCUGGUCCUUUGUUCCUCAGGCUGUCUCUUUUAGUUUGCCUUUACAACAUCCCAGCUAACAGCAACAUUAUCAGUUACAAGCAUAAACCAACCCAGUAUUUUAGAGAUUCUCCCAUUUUUACAUUAACCACACCAGCAUCUUCCUCCCUAGGUCUGUUUCCCCAGAAGAUCUGCAUUCACAGCCUCUGACACCUACCUACAGGAAGCCUGGCAGGAGGGGAAGCAUCGUUACACCAGCAGCCAGGCACCCCCGGCCCAGCCAUUGUAUCAGUAUUACAAAAUCAUUCUCUCUGCUCUGUCCCUGCUCUGUGCAGGUCUGUGAGGUAUCCACCGAUGUGGCUUUCACAGGAAGGCAGCACCAAGCUUUCCAAACCCAGCUGGUGGGGAGAUGCAGGUGAACAACCUGAGCCAGGUGGAUUUGCAUAUCUGAUGACAAACAUGCUGGCUGUAAUGGGGGAUCCUUGGCCACCUCAGAGUAUUUAACUGAUUUCACUGCCUUUUGGGUGGCCCCUUGUUCCUCCCCAUGCCGCCAAAGCUAAAACUCCUCAAAACUUCUAUUUAAGCUAUCUCUCUAACAGAGAGCAUCUGUUGGUCUCCCCUAAAGGCCCUCCAGACUCCACACACAUGGUGCUAGGUCCUACAAAUGGCACGUUGGUUCCCAUUUACAACAAGUAGGACUUGUCUUUGUAUUUAUUGAACUUACACAGCAGCUUUUACCUUACCUGGCUGACACUUCCAACGCACACCAGUCCCGUCACACCAAAGCUACUAGAGCCAACUCUGUAGAUGCCAUGUCGCCCUGCGAGCUAGGUGGGGGGAAUGUUCUGGCCUCAACAGACAUUUCCACAGCCCUCUUGCAUAAACCAGCGUCGACAGUGCCCUGCAGUAUUUCCUUUUACGAGGCCAGGCUCUGGCCUCAGCCGCUGCCAUGCAGCCCCACUUGAGUUCCCAGAUUUUGAGUUCACAGGAGGAGUUGUUAAUAGUCUCUUGGCAUAUUUCCAUUGAGUGCAUCACAGUAUUUGCGCACUUCUGUAGGAUAGACUACUAACAUAGUGUCUAUGUAACCAGAACACUGGCUCUCUGGGGUUAUGGCUGUUCUAAUAAAGUACAGAGUGUCAUACAGCA